AUAAUAACAUAAAUAUACAGUACACUCCAUUCAAAUGGCAGGCUAUUCAAACAAUCCCGAUGCUUCAGCUCGAAUAGAAGACUUACAUUUCUUAUGUGCAUCAAAUGCUAAUGUUUCUAACUUUGUUUCAGUGAAGCUUUCAAGCGACCGCAACUAUUAUCUUUGGAAGACACAGAUACUUUGUCUCAUGGAGACUCACAACAUGAGGGGCAUUGUGGAUGCUGCAUUUGUCGGUCCGAGAACGACGAACACCGAGAUGGUGCUCAGAUACGACAAUCUUCUUAAAGGCUGGAUAUUUGGUUCGGUUAGUUAGAAUGUACUUGGUGCUGUCUCGGAUAGUGUUUCAGCAAAAGAAGUUUGGGACAAACUUAGAUCCUUCUACGAUACAACUAUCAGUCUUCAACAAGGUGAAGACACAGUUUCAACAAAAUCAAACGUAAUAGAAACAUAUCCAAUUUCGGAACUUGGCAAAAUGGAGGAAGAUAUUAGUGUAAUAGACAUAGGUGAAGAAACCAAAUUGUCAAACCUCAAAGCAGAAGGUGAAGAUAGCCAAAUUAGUGAAACCCAAGAUAAAAACAAGACUGAUGAAAAAAAGAAGAAAUUAUACAAAGCUAUUGUGAACAGAGACUGGCGAGAUGCGGAACCCAUACUAAAAGAAGAUAAGGAUUUACUAAAAAAUGCAAUCGACAGUGAUGGUAACACGGUGCUUCAUAUCGCGGUUGGAAUAGGUGAUUACGGCUUCGUGGAAAACUUGAUUCGACUUAUAAACGAAGAACAAGCCCUCAUAAAGAGAUCUUCAGAUGGAAGCACAGCACUUCACAUUGCUGCACUUAUGGGGAACACAAGAGCAGCAAGGCUCUUGGUUCAAAAGAACAAACAAUUGUUGGAUACUACAGACAAAAAAGGGAGAAAACCAUUGCAUAGAGCUUAUGAAAAUAUGUACCUUAAUACCAUUGAUUAUUUGUUUGAUCAAUGUGACAACUUUGUUUCCCUUGAUGUCAAAAUGGGGGUUGACAUCCUAGUUAAUGCAAUUUCUGCUAAACAAUAUAAUUUUGCAUCCAAAUUGAUCAAGAAAUAUCCUAGAUUUGCUAAUGAAAAUGAUAAUGCACUCAUGGCUUUAGCUAAAACCUUUCCGAGUGGGCUACGCAGCUCCGAAAUGCUCAUAUAUCCCAGUCUUCGUAAAAUCGGGAGGAUGAUGCGUGACUUACUCGUCUAUUUUAUCAUGGGUUUACUUAUCAUUCCGAUAGUGGUACUUGACUUUUCCUUCUGGAACGACACGGAUUUCCGAAGAGACAUGAGGACUAUUGCAGUGCCAGCCUUACUUCGGACGCCUUUUUUCUUGAUAUGCCUCCUCAUAUUAAUAGUCUGUUUCCCAUUCCUUUGCGUUUAUUCUAUGUUGUGGGAAUACGCAGCGAUACUAGUUCCACCCAUCAACCAUAUUAAGAUGAAAAGGAAAGAAUGGAAAGAAGCAACAAUGGUUUUGGGAUUGGUAUGUGAUGAAAUAGACAAGUUAGGCGUCUCCGAUUCUCAUCAUGUCCAUUACAAGGAACCAAUUCUUGAAGCUGCAUCUCAAAAUGCUCAUAUAGUUGUUUUGGAAAUAUUGUUUAGAUCACGAAAAGCAAUUAGUAGUAAAGAUAAAAGUGGGUAUGACAUUAUUCAACUAGCGGUAAUACACCGUUCAGAAGAUGUUUACAGACUUAUGUAUGCGAUUGGGGAGCAUAAGAAUCGUUAUAGAACAUUUGAAGAUUCUUCUAAGAACAAUAUAUUGCACUUGGUUGGACGGCUGCCACCUUCACAUGCGUUAAAUCGGAGAACAGGUGCAGCAUUCCAACUACAAAGAGAGCUCCAAUGGCGCGAGGAAGUAAAGACACUUGUGUUUCCAACAUUUCUUACCAAAGAGAACAUUUUUAAGGAGACACCAGACAUGGUAUUCACAAGGGAACACGAAAACUUGGUGAAGGAAGGAGAAAAGUGGAUGAAAACCAUAGCAGAGUCAUGCAGUAUAACUGCAGCACUAAUUACCACAGUUGUAUUUGCAGCUUCAAUUACGGUACCAGGUGGAAGCGAUGAAAAAACUGGAUCCCCUUUAUUUAGAGAAAAUCCGGCCUUUACUGUCUUUGAAAUAUUUGAUGUUAUCUCACUAUGUGCAUCUACUUCUGCACUUCUACUGUUCUUAUCUAUCUUAACCGCACGUUUUGCGGAGAAAGAUUUUUUAGUUACUUUGCCAAGACGAUUGCUUAUGGGAAUUUUCUUCUUACUGCUCUCCACAACAGCUAUGAUGGUAGCCUUUAGCGCAACCUUGUUCCUUGUCUUUGUUGAUAAAAAACCUUGGAUGCUUGCUCCAAUAUGUGGAUUAGGUCUCAUCCCCAUCGCAUAUUUUGCUAUUCCGCAAUUCCCCCUUAUAGUAGAUCUUUUUCGAUCGACACAAUUUCACAUCUCUGGCAAACACAGGAAAAGUGUUACCCGAAGAUUAUACCCGGAUGAUAUAAAGAUGUUGGCAAGUUGGGUCCACUCAGACAGUCUGAUGCGGUAGUAAUUGGAAUUGGCCAGACUUGAUACCCUCAUGAAAUAAUCUAGAUUGAUGUGGAAUCAUCUAGAAUUUCUCAUCUUUAUUAUUAAACUUUUUAGUUUCUUAUGUAUUUAAUUAAGUUCAUAAAUUCAUAUCAAAUUUCCCUUAUAAAUAGGGAUCUAAGUUUUGUUAUUAAGUAGUUUUUUGAUCAAUAUGUAAAUUUCCAUAUUUUCUCCCUAUA